UAAAAUCGAUGAGGUCGACCGUCUCCUUCAUAAUUACCCAAAUACAAUAUUAUCUAAUUUCCGCAUAUAUUGGCAUAACAUGGCUGCAGCUUGGUGGUUGCUGCAACUUGCAGAAGAAGAAGAAAGAAAUAUGCUGAAAAUUCGAAGAAGACAAUUACGUGAUGCAAGUAAUCCAUUUGAAAUUUUAGAAUCGCAAUUUAUUCAUUUAUAUCGGUUAACAAAAGAUGCUACAUUAGCAUUACGCGAUUUUAUACAGCCUCAUAUGCAAGUAGCAAUACGAUUAACAGCAAUUCCAUUAGAACUGAAGCUUUUAGCAACUUUAAGCUUUUUAAGCUCAGGUUCCUAUCAGAGGAGAAUUGGGCAGGACUUCCUAAGUUGUAUGUGUCAAUCAUCCGUUAGUGGAGCAAUACAUCAAAUUAUACAUGCAUUAAAUGCUAUAAUGCCACAAUGGAUAACAUUCCCUACAGAACAUGAUGAGAUUCAAACUAUUCAGCAAACGUAUUUCAUUCACACAAAUUUUCCGGGUAUCGCGCAAGCGCAAUACGGUUUAGUAACAGCUGUUCUGAUCACGCGCUAA